AAAGACUAAGUAAAUAGCAUUGUCAUUGCUUCAUCAGCUUGCAUGCUGUAUAUAUAACUGAAUGUUAAGAUCUCAUUUUUUCCCCACCUCCAAAUCCUUCUGGAGGCAGUAUUUACCUGGUCACUAUUAGUUGCAACAGGUAUUGGAUUAUUCACUUGUUUUGUUCCGCCUUCGUGAAAAUAAACUGAUUACUGAAGUUUGGCCGACAAUAAGAAAAGAAAAAGAAAGAAAGAAAGAAAGAAAAAGAUUAGCUCUGGUUGGACGCUAGCUGUGAAUGCAGGUGGAAGAAAACAGGCGUGGACACAGUAAUUAUUAUCCACCACUAAGAAAGAACCUUGUUGUGUUACCUGCUUUGGUCUAGUGUAGGUUGAAGCAGGCCAAGGUCAUCAGAAUGCAGUGGUUUUGCAGUUUGUGAUGAAUUCUAUGUCUUCCUGAAAUGACCAACAAGCCAAAGAUUACUGACAGUAAAACAUAACGGCAUCCACACUUAAAAACGUUUGUCUUUCCACCUGAAAAAACCCAUGGUUUUAUCCAAUAGACCAGGAGCUUUCUUUUAAUGUCUGAGAGUGCUGGAAUUCUAUUGGCUGUGAAUGGUUGCAGGUGUGUCGUGCAGCCAAUCGGAUAACAGCCUGAUGCAGACUGUUAUCAUGGACACCACCUACGGGCCAACGAACGGACCGGUCUUGAUGCAAAUGCCGGAGCCAGACCUCCUCGAGAAUGGGGCGAAGCACGACAACCACCGGUGCUCCCAGGACUCGUUCCUGGAGUACGCGUCGCGCCACACCCGCCUAGCGAACAGCGGACCGACGAGCCGGCGGAUCGAUCGGCACUACUCAAAGCGCAUGCGACGGAGACUCGUCUACAAGAACGGGGAGGUGAACAUAACGCAGACGAACAUUCGCAAACGCAGGAGGCGCUACCUCGCAGACAUUUUCACGACGCUCGUCGACAUCAAGUGGAGGUACAACCUGAUGUUGUUCGCGCUGGCCUUCACCUUGAGCUGGCUCACCUUUGCUGUGAUAUGGUGGCUGGUGUGCUUCUCGCACGGGGACCUCGACCACCUGGACGACAAGAAGUGGAAGCCGUGCGUGAAGGAGAUCUAUUCGUUCAUCUCUGCGCUGUUGUUCUCCAUAGAGACGCAGCACACAAUCGGGUACGGGUCCCGCCACACCACGGAGGAGUGCCCCGAGGCCAUCGUUCUCAUGAUGUUCCAGUCAUGCUUCGGAGUCAUCUGCCAGGCGCUCAUGACAGGAAUCGUGUUCGCGAAACUCUCCCGGCCGAAGAAGCGCGCUGAGACCUUGAUGUUCAGUAAAAACGCCUGUCUUUGUAAGCAGGAUGGUGAGUUAUGCCUUAUAUUCCGCGUGGGCGACAUGCGCAAGUCGCAGAUAGUGGAGGCCCACAUCCGGUCAGUGCUGAUCAAAAAGAAAGUGACGAAGGAAGGCGAGGUGAUGCCUCUGUACCAGUUCGAUGUCGACCUGGGCUUCAACGAAGGCCGGGACAGGCUCUUCCUCGUCUGGCCCGUGAUCAUUGUACAUAAAAUUGAUGCAAACAGUCCGUUCUACGAGAUGUCUCCGGAUGACCUCCACCGGGAACAGUUUGAGCUGAUCGUGAUUCUCGAGGGAAUUGUCGAGUCCACGGGUAUGACCACGCAGGCUCGCAGCUCCUACCUCCCGGGGGAGAUCCUCUGGGGCCACCGCUUUGAGCGGCUCGUCACCUUCCAGAAGGAGAACGGCCAGUACCAGAUUGACUUCUCGCGGUUCCACAAUACCAUUCCAGUAGAAACUCCACCGUGCAGUGCCAAAGAACUUGCAGACAUGACUGCCACCGGCACGUGUCCCGAUUCGAAUUUCAUCGACGAAGAUGAGAACACUUCGAUUGGAUCCAAGUCCAGUCCAUACGUGAUCAAGCGACACGGGUUUGCCCAGACGGAAUUCUAUGACGACGAUAUUGACGAUAUGGGUAUUGAUAUUGACUCGUCGGUUCACAGUAAGAGGAGUUCAAGUACAGAGAUAGAAACGAGGGAGGAGUCGGAAACAUUGCUAUGACAUACAGCCAGCUCCAGCAACUGUGUUUGGAGUAAAUGCAGCAAAGGAAAACAACCAUCGAGACCAAAGUGGACUUCUUAGCUGAGUAUCAAUCAUACACUCGUGUAUAUACACCAAAAAUAACACUGUCCCAUGCAUACCAAAAUAACAGUGUCCCAUGCAUUCACAAUAUGUGCAAAGUAACCAAACCAUUAUGCCAUUUUUGUGAUACUCAGGUUUUCUGAUGACAUGCAAAGCUGGUGCAGCUGUGGAUUAGCUUCUUCCAGGGAUCAAAGUCUAAUGGACUUACAGACCUCAGUUGGCUACUUCCAAAGACUUUUACAUCAGUAAGACAUUCUGGGACAAGGCUAUACUACCCUGAUAUGUUUCAGUUGGCUACUUCCAAAGAGAUUUACAUCAGUAUGGACAUAUUCUGAGGGAAGGCUGUUACCCUGACAAGUGUUAGUUGGCUACUUCCAAAGAUUGUGUUACAUCAGUAAGAUACAUAUUGUAUCCAGAAGCAAGGCUUGAUCCUACCUGUUUAUAGGUUUCGCUUGACUAUUUCCAAAGAGAUUUUGCAUCAUUAUGAUGCCAUGGGGCAAGUCACACUAAAUGGAGUUACAGUUUGUGGAUUCCAUAGAGUAAGAGGUCCUGUAAUUCAAACAUUUUGGACUGCAACUAUAUGUUUUGGAGACAGAGUCUACAUAGCACUGAUCAAUUUUAAAUUGCUACUUCCAAAGAGUUCCUUAUACAAGCAGGAUUUCUUGUACCAUAAGAAAAUAUCUUGUAUUUAGUCAUCUUCACUCAACGUCUUCUGCCAUUUCCUAAAGAGUUCUACAUCAAUGAGAUACAGUAUGUCCUGGACCAUUGCUUAUGAUACCUUUCGAAGUCUGGGCUUUGGGCUUCCACAACAUCUGGAAACUUUAAUGUCAUUCCAACACACUACAAAGUGCAUGCACCAGUUCACUAAAGACAUUACUAAGCAUGGGCCUAGGGCUGAUAUUUACUGGACUGAAUGAUGUCAGAUCUACCAGAGGCAGGAUGACCUGGUGCUUUGAGUCUUUGUUUUCAGCUUGCUGCUUUGGAAUAAUUCUACAUUGGUAAGAUAGCAUAUGGUAUGGAUAUCUCAAGGGAAGUUUCUAGUAUGUUGAAUGGCUUCAGUUCUAUUACUUUUCAAGAUAUCCUGACUUCCUGGAAAUUUUCGAAUUUGCAUAUAUCCUGAGGGUCAGAGAUUUCACUAGACUCAAUGAUUUCAUUUCAACAAGUCAUUCUGGACUGUCAAUCUGGAAGUGUGCUAAGGAGAAGAAGUGGUUCCAUGUGUACUAAUGUGAAACAUGUUGAAUACACCUGAAAUUUAUUCCCUGUUGAUCAACUGGUUUUAUUUGUUGCUGACUGAUGAUUUUAAGUAUGUGAUCCUGGCCUUGGAUACUUAUUAGAUUAUAAGCAAAAUAACAAAACUUAGGUUGGCUAAGGAUUAAAACACAAAACAAUCAUUGACCUCUGUUAACAUCUACGUUUUGGGAUCUGUGUGGAAUUCCUGGAAAAAUGAUAUAAAAUAAACCAAAUAUAUAAUCAGAAAAUUUCUGAUAUCUCUAGGCCUGCCAACAUGCCCUAGCUGCUUAAUUCAAAAUUCUUUGGUGUCCAGUCUGUCUUCUGAAAAAGUGGAGAAAUGCUAGGUUGAAGUGUAACCAGAAUAUCAGCAUCUGCAGCAGACCUCCAUGUAAAUGUGUGGAGAGGUUCCAGAAACAAGUGGAACCGAACCAUGCUUAGAAACCUUUUGGAAUCUGGAUUCAGACUCCACAUUGUUUACAUGAUUUAAAAAAAAAUCCUCAGACUGUGAGACUUAAGUCUUUAAGUCCAAACGGUGCAUUUUUAUAAUUUAGUAUGGGGCCAGUUAUGUUAAUGUGGGGCAGUCAUGACAUGAUGUGAAGUAUGCCUUGUCCUUAAUUCUAAUAUAAUGGAUUUUUUGUUUUGUGUAUAUAAGACUAUAUAAAUAUAAAAUAUUAAAUAUAUAUAUAUAUAUAUAUAUAU